AUGAGUACUGUUAAAUUUGCUGAAGAGGAGACCGUCGUUGAGCCUGUCGUUGCUGCUGUUGCUGAACCAAAAUUCCCACCACACCCCGAUGUGAGUAGAAUUCUAGGUAAUAUAUAUAUUAGUGGGAUUCAACCGAUAGUGGACCAUGCUCCAUUGAAGGCACAAUAUGGCAUCACGCAUAUUCUAUCUGUGAUAAGAUUUAAUAUUAUUCCGGAAUAUUUGGUAAGAAAGGGCUAUACUUUGAAGAAUAUUUCAAUUGACGAUAUUCCACAAGAAAAUAUCUUACAAUAUUUUAAUGAAACAAACAAAUUUAUUGAUGAGUGUUUAUUUCCUAACGAAUUAGAGUAUGAUCCAAACUUAGUCAGUUUUAAGAAAAAAGCUCAAAAGAAUGGGAUUUUAAUCCAUUGUCAAGCUGGUGAAUCAAGAUCCGUAGCGUUUGUCACGGCUUAUUUAAUGUAUAGAUAUGGUUUAAAAUUGAAUCAAGCAUUAUAUGCCAUUAAGAGGAAAAGACCCUCUGUUAAGCCAAAUGAUGGGUUCUUGAAACAAUUGAAACUUUAUGAAUCAAUGGGAUCUCCACAAAUUAUUGAUUAUUCAAAUGAUAAACUUUAUAAAAUUUGGAAAUUGGAAAAUAUGUCAUUACAAGAAAAUUUUCAAAUUGAAAAAAAUUUUUAUAAAGAAGGUAAUGAUGAAGAUUUAGAAUUAAAAAAAUUAAAUAAUGAUGAUUUGAAAAAUGUUACAGUGGUUAGAUGUAAAAAAUGUAGACAUAGAUUAGCUUUAUCAACAAGUUUUAUUCCUCAUAUUCCACCAAGUAAGGACUCCAGUGAAUCUCAUUUCAUUAGAAAAGCUGCUAAUUCAAAUAGAGUUAUCGAUAUCCAAGAAUCUCAGGAUACUUGCUCUCAUUAUUUUAUGGAACCUUUAAAAUGGAUGGAACCAGAAUUAUCAAAACAAGAAUUAGAAGGAAAAUUAACUUGUCCAAAUUGUGAAAUGAAAGUCGGUGCUUAUAAUUGGAAAGGUUCAAGAUGUAGUUGUGGGAAAUGGGUUACACCUGCCAUACAUUUACAAUCAAAUAGAGUAGACCAAUUCCCAUUAAAUAAAGUUGCAUUACCUAAUAUAGUAAAUUUCAAACAGAGAGAAUAG